GGGGCGGGCCGGGGGCGCAGCGGGGACAGCUCCGGUGCUGAUCGCGAUGCGGGUUUGCCGGCAGAGCCCAGACGGGCGGCGGCGGCUGUCGGCGUGCGGGUGCGAGAGGCGGCGGGCGGGCGGCGGGGCCGCGCCCUGCGAUGAGGCACGAGGCGCCCAUGCAGAUGUCAUCCGUUCAAGAUUCCAAAUAUGGCCAGAAAGAUACAUCUGACCAGAACUUUGAUUACAUGUUCAAACUGCUUAUUAUCGGCAACAGCAGUGUUGGGAAAACCUCAUUUUUGUUUCGAUAUGCUGAUGAUUCCUUUACGUCUGCAUUUGUAAGCACGGUUGGGAUCGAUUUCAAAGUAAAAACAGUUUUCAAAAAUGAAAAAAGAAUUAAGCUACAGAUUUGGGACACAGCAGGACAGGAGAGAUACAGAACAAUUACCACAGCUUACUACCGGGGUGCAAUGGGCUUCAUUUUAAUGUAUGACAUCACAAAUGAAGACUCUUUCAAUGCUGUGCAGGAUUGGUCAACUCAAAUCAAAACAUACUCUUGGGACAAUGCUCAGGUUAUUUUGGUUGGCAACAAAUGUGACAUGGAGGAUGAACGAGUAAUCUUCACUGAGAGGGGCAAACAUUUAGCAGAGCAACUUGGGUUUGAAUUUUUUGAAACAAGUGCCAAGGAAAACAUUAAUGUCAAGCAGACAUUUGAGCGACUUGUGGAUAUCAUCUGUGACAAAAUGUCAGAAAGUCUGGAGAUGAAUCCCACCAUUGCUGCCAGCAACCAGAAUACACGGCUAAAGGACACCCCUGCUCCACAGCAGCCCAACUGCAGCUGUUAAUGCAGCUAUCAGCAAAGGCUCCAGUGUGUUCCAUUGCCAACAGAGUUUUUCAGAGUGUUUAUGAAUAGUCUAUAUGCCUUUAUUUAUACUGUCUUAUUAAUUUAUUUGGGAAAACAGUCUUAUUUUAUGUCAGCAGCAGUUUGAGUAUGCAUAUGGAGAUGGAGCAAUUAUUAGUCUGAAAGGAUGAUCCAUAUUUUAGCAUCUGGCUUUUGCAUGCAGCCUGGCUAUUAAUUUCUCUUUUCCUUUUAGUGUUUUACGUAACAAUUACUUCAGCUGGUGCCAUGUCCUCAGACCACAUUUGCCUAGAAUUUUCUCUCACUUCAUCACUUUCAAGUUAUAUAAUGAAAUCCAUAGGGUAGUGGCCAGGGAGUUUUAGAAUAAGCCUCCCGAUGCCACUUAUAUAUUCUCCUGACUGAAAACGAAUUUAGAAGUAUCCUUGUAGUGAGACAAUCCCUCUGUCCAGGUCAUUUGUAUAAGGGACGCUUCCUGUAGCACAUUACCUUGGCAAAUCUACAUUCAAUAUGUUACACAUCCUGGCUGACUGGAAACUGCAGAAGUUAGAAAGAAGUUAGUUCCUGGACCCAAAGCCACCAAAAUUCUCUGUGAAUUUCCAGUUGGACAGUAAUCAGUCCAGACCCUCAGAGAUAAUAGGUACUUUAUCCUGACUGCAUAGCUAGUGUGUUUACUUUUCCAUAGGAGCUGCAUGUCUAUCUAAUAACUUUCUGAAACUAGACUUAAUUUGUCAUUCCAUCAUUAUGGAGAUCCCAGUCUUACCUACCCCUGUAGUGGAGGGCUGGUUAACUCUUUCCAUUUCUGUAUGUGAGAUAUUAACCACAAAGUUCUAUAUUAUCCCUGACAGAGCCAAAUCCAUUGUGCUUGGUUGUUCAUAGCUAAGAAUUUCCUUAUCAUGUUGCUGUCAAACCUCCAUGCUUUGAUUUUCAGGAAUUUAAUCUCCCGUUCAGUCACUGAGACAGCCACCACUGGCUACAAACACCUGUAUUUUAUUUAGACCUAUUGCAGAAGUGCUGAUGGUGUCAGUGAACUGAAGUUUGACCUCAUUUUUUCCAUCUAUUUUGGCAAGAGAACUGGAAUUUUUAAAAGUGUAGGAGUAAUAAAAAAUUGUCAAGAACAUUUCUGGUCUUAGGCUGAAUACAUUAAUAAGAUUAGCAGAAGGCUGUGAAGAUAGCAGAAUAAAGUACACAAAUUAUUUUUAAUAAAGUGUUAAAAUAGUCAUAUUUCACAGUUUUUACUCCUUUAAGUAAUUGCUUACAUCUGUGCCCUGCAGUACUUUGUACAACUGCUUUACUUGCAUUACAAUGACAUUUUUUAACUAAACAGCAUAAUUGAAGAAGCAUUGACUAUUUUAUUAUUCCAGUUAGACAGAAUUUAGGACAAGGCUGACAUUCCUUAAACUGUCUGCAGUGGGAAAAUGAAAACAUAUAAAAAAACCCAGAAGUAACACAUGGUACUUGAAAUGGCUCACAACUGCAAAGAAAUCCCUCUACACACUUUACGUCAUUUGAAGGUAAUUUAUGUAACUCCUGAUACACAAUAAGAGAAAAUGGUCCCUUUUUUUUUUAACUGAUUAAAUAAUCUACAUACACUUCGACAGAGUAAAAAUUCCUCCCAAACAAGGCAUAUAGCCACAUGUAAAAUGGGUAUGCCAUGAGGGUGCCUACACUGGCUGCAUAACUUAAAUGAGUAAAAGUUCUUUGUUCAGUCUGGGGUUUUAAACCUGUUAGCUAGUUUACUUAAGCACUUUUUUCCUAAUAGACUUGGAAACCAUGAAGAGAAAGCACUAUCCUCUUUAGGGCCAAUGAGCAGUCAGAUGGAAGAGGCAUGUGCUAUCCAAACCACAGUCCUGUCUCUCUCCGGGGUGCUGCUUUUCCCUCUUUCCUCUAAGGCAAUGUGUUGCUAACUGUCCUGAGAGACUUUCAUUAGGACCUCUUUACCCACUAGGUACCAGCUGAUUUGAAAAAAAGGAAACAAUGCAAAGUUGAGGAAGCUUAGUUUGAAACAGUGGGCAAGUUUUCCGUGCUUUUAUUGUUAAUGUGCAGUUGUUCCUGCUGGAAAAAAGGAUCAGGAGAGCCUUGAGACAGAAUUCAGCUUCAGGUCUCAAGCGAUUUAGAAAAAUUUUAGGUUGUAUUAUUAGUCUGAACCAUCUCAGGCAAGGGGAGGAAAGAGAAGGACCUAAUCACAUCAUUCAUGAACUUGGGCAUAUCCUGCAGAUGGCUAAAAGUGCAAGUAUUCUUCCAGCUUUGCUCUGGGGUGCUUGCUGCAAAACUGUAAUGAAACAAGGAAAAAAAGACUUCAAGAUGCCCCUUACUACGGCCACAGAUGUUUGUAUUCCAUUGCAAUGAAUUUAAGACCCUCCCUGCCUCAGUAUAACCAUGUAGAUUCAUUAUAUACAUUAUUAGCAUAUAUAUUUUUAAAAAAUUUGAGUGGUAGAUAAAGAGUUCUUUACAUAAAUGGGAUUAAUUAAUUGCUUUUCAUUUUGCAUGGGCAGAAGAGUAACCGCAAACUCAGAGGGAGAAUCUCUGCUUCAUGUUUCUGGAAGUUCAAGUAAACCUUUUCUUAACAAUUUGGGUUACCUUCUUUUAGAAAAGUAGGCUUUGAUUUUCUAUCACAGGUUAGCUUUUGCAGCCACAUGCUUUACAGAAAUAUUGAGUUUCUGCUAUAAAAUUUGGUCACAUAUAGAUCAGGAGCAUUAUGGUCUCAGUACGUCUCUCAGCUGGAACUUGCCUAUUGUAGAGAAACACUAAAGACAGAAAAUCUUUUGAAAAGUAACUUUCUAUACCUUCCCUAAACAUUUUAAGAAUUCUGAGGGGACUAGCAGUAUUGGAAUUUUUAUUCUAUUUAAAAUUAUGCCUUGGCUUGUUACAGGAUAGGGCAUCCAAAAGCAGUCUGUGUCAAUCUGGCUUGGAUCCUCUUGACUUAUGUGGUAGAAGUGCAGUUUUUCUUAAAUUUAAGUAGGCUGAACAUUUUGGGAAAACCCAUCACAACUUAAUCAAGGGCCUAAAUUUAAGCAAUCAAUGUCUUGUUCUUCACACAUAUCUAAUAGUCACAGACUAUGAGUUGUUGGAAGAGACAAGCAGGUUUUGAUUAUAUCCUUGAUCUAUCCACUAGCAUAGCGAAUUUCAUCUAGAGCAAUUACCAGGCUACAAAGCACCACAUUUUAGUGAUGGAAGAGGGGAAAGAUUAUUAAACUGAAGCCUGGGACAACAGAUCCCAAACUACUUUCAGCCUCAUCACAAAUCUUGGUGAAAAAGUACUUGCACACCUUGCACCAAUUUGUUGUCACUCUCGGCACAGAAAUAGAACUGACUGUCACAGCCGAGUCACAGGUACCCCCUUCAGAUGAGAUUUAUCCAUCUGGUGAGAUACAGCAGUUGACACACAGAGCAUGUUAAAUUUCUAAGAGAUUAGAUGCCUUUAGACAGAGAGUCCUGAGCUGCACAGUGCCAGCUGAACUAAUACUACACAACCCAUUUUCCAAGUUAUGAUCUAGAUUAAAGCUUAUAAGAGCAGGAUAAUUCUGUGCAUGGCACCAGCCUUAUCAUGCUCUGAUAGAGUGUUGCUUGUCAUACCUUCAAACUAGUACUCAGAAAAUGCCUUGGGAGCACACAGGAGCAUGGGAUUGAGUGGUUCCUUCAGUAUCUCCUGGUACCAGCCUGCCGAACAGCUACCAAGGCCUGCUGGCUUGAACCUUCAGACGCAUGUUUUUGUUUAUUUUAAGAGUUCAUGUUCACAAGUCUAAGUGCAACUAACUUAAUGCUGUAUUUUUUAUUUUUAUUGUUGGUGAGUAGACCAAUUUAUUUAGACUUUAUUAAUACUUGUUCAUUUGCUGGUUUAAGUGCAUGUGAACUAGCCUGAUUUUUUGUCAAAAAAUACUCUUUCUCUCUGAACAGCUGUGUAAGUGUCUGUUACCUGGAACUGUUUGUUCCUUUGUGCUUAUACUUAAUGUAAUGCCUAGAGAAACUACCUAAGUGACUACAACUAUGUGGCCUUUUCCAGAGCACCAGUCUGUACCACCUGCACUUUCUUUAUUUUAGAAAUGAAGUGCUAUUUCAGGA